AUGACUGACAUCCAAAUCUCCCCCGAAAUGCUCGCUCCUCUCAGGGAUAAAGUAGUCCUCAUAACCGGAAGCAGCUCCGGAAUCGGUAAAGCAACCGUGCAACUCUGUCUGCAGCUCGGCGCAAAGGUAAUAGCCGGGGACCUGAAUCCCAUCCCCGAGGAGAUCACCGCCCAGCAACAAGACCAAGACCAAGACCGCCGCUCGGUGUUCUUCUUCGUGAAAACAGACGUCACCGACUGGCCUAGUAUCCGGAAUCUCUUCGUCGCGGGCAACGCCCAUUUCGGACGGAUCGACCACGUCUUCGCGAAUGCGGGCAUAGGUCCACGCAACACUCUCCUCGAGGAGACCUUUGACGACGAUGCCCGGGAGCUGCUCUCGGAGCCGGAUCUGGCCGUCGUGAAGGUGAACCUGGUGGGGAUGAUCAAUACGGUGCGGCUGGCCUGGUAUUAUCUUCGCCGGGGACGCGGGAGUCUCGUGCUCGCGGCCUCUGCGUCAUCGGUUCAGAACUUCGGGGCGGGCGAUUACACGAUUGCGAAACAUGGCGCGCUGGGUGUGAUUCGUGGGGUUGGGAGUGAUUUCGCCGCUGGGGGGGUGAGGUUAAACGGGGUUGCGCCUUCGUGGACGGCCUCGGGGAUUGUUCCGCGUGAGGCGCUGACGGCCUUGGGUGCGACGGUUCAGGACCCUGAGGUUGUGGCGAAGAGUGUGGUUAUGCUGUUCAACGAUGAGAGGAGACAUGGCGAGUUGAUCUAUAGUUGGGAAGGCAAAUAUCGUGAGAUCAAUAAGGCGGAACGAGGCCUGCUGGAUUCAGCCGCUAGGAUUCUGCCUACCAUAGAGCCUAGUGAAGAGGUGAUGAUGGAGAGAAUGAAGAGGUGGAUGGCCGUGAGUCGGACUGAUUGA